AGCUCGUCGCCAUCUUGGACUCUGGCUGAAUAAUAAAUUUCCGCGCACGGGGUACCAUCUUUCUUGAAACGUCCCUAGUAGAGAGUGUUUCAGCUUCUGCGUUCCUGUCGUCUACCUGUGGUCAGCGGCUUACGCGUGACCCGGAGCGAGGCCAGGCAGCCCUCCCUCGAGGCCCGCGUCGCCAUGGCCGCGGUUCCCGAGUUGCUGCAGCAGCAGCAGGAAGAGGAGGACCGCAGCAAGCUGAGAUCUGUGUCUGUGGACCUGAAUGUUGAUCCCUCACUUCAGAUUGACAUACCUGAUGCACUCAGUGAGAGAGAUAAGGUCAAGUUUACAGUACACACCAAGACCACACUGCCCACAUUUCAGAGCCCAGCAUUUUCUGUUAUAAGGCAACAUGAAGAUUUUGUAUGGCUACAUGACACUCUUUCUGAAACUGCAGACUAUGCUGGGCUUAUUAUUCCACCUGCUCCUACAAAGCCUGACUUUGAUGGCCCUCGAGAGAAGAUGCAGAAACUGGGGGAGGGUGAAGGGUCUAUGACCAAAGAAGAAUUUGCCAAGAUGAAGCAAGAGCUGGAAGCUGAAUAUCUUGCUGUCUUUAAGAAGACUGUGUCCUCCCAUGAAGUCUUUCUUCAGCGGCUCUCUUCUCACCCUGUUCUCAGAAAAGAUCGCAACUUUCAUGUAUUCCUGGAAUAUGAUCAGGAUCUGAGCGUUAGGCGGAAAAAUACCAAAGAGAUGUUUGGUGGUUUUUUCAAAAAUGUGGUGAAAAGUGCUGAUGAAGUCCUUUUUUCUGGAGUUAAGGAGGUAGAUGACUUCUUUGAGCAAGAGAAGAAUUUCCUCAUUAACUAUUACAAUAGGAUCAAGGAUUCAUGUACAAAAGCUGACAAAAUGACCAGAUCUCAUAAAAAUGUUGCAGAUGACUAUAUCCAAACUGCAGCCUGCCUGCAUAGCCUGGCUUUAGAAGAGCCCACAGUCAUCAAAAAGUACCUAUUGAAGGUUGCUGAACUAUUUGAAAAGCUUAGGAAAAUAGAGAGUCGAGUCUCCUCAGAUGAAGAUUUAAAGGUGACAGAGCUCCUUCGAUAUUACAUGCUCAACAUAGAGGCUGCUAAAGAUCUCUUAUACCGGCGUACCAAAGCCCUCAUUGACUAUGAGAACUCAAACAAAGCGUUGGAUAAAGCACGGUUAAAAAGCAAAGAUGUCAAGUUGGCUGAGGCACACCAGCAGGAAUGCUGCCAGAAAUUUGAACAGCUUUCUGAAUCUGCAAAAGAAGAACUAAACAAUUUCAAACGAAAGAGAGUGGCAGCAUUUAGGAAGAAUCUAAUUGAAAUGUCUGAACUGGAAAUAAAGCAUGCUAGGAACAAUGUCACCCUCUUGCAGAGCUGCAUUGACUUGUUCAAGAACAACUGAUCUGCUUUUUCUCUGGAUGAAGGAUAUGAAUGUGAAAGCCAGCAUCACUUGCACUUAAAUCAUCACCACAGAAGAUUUAUUACCUUUGACUUUAGUUUAAAAUUAUGUUAAUAAAUAUUUUGAUUUCUAAAAAUCUUAACACUUAACCAUGUUGGUUUAAAAAUAUUUCUAUUACAUGCUACUUGGACAUAACUAAUCUUCCGUAUGCAUUUAAUAGCUCAAAGUGGGCAGAAUCUAAAACUGGGUUCUCCUGUAAUUUGUUUUUAAUUAUUAAGAAAGGGUGCAGGAUAUAUGUGCCUUAUGCAAACAAGUAUAAGGAAUUGCCUGGUGCAUGUAGUCUCACAGUUUCAUGUGCCCGUGUCCCUACAAACCAGUUGUUUUAGGGUAGGUGUCAAUUACAACAAAUAACUACUUGUUACAGAUAACAGACAUUCCAUUCCUUAAUUAGGUAACUUCCCUGCCUUAGUAUCCUCACAGUUCUAGUCAUCUUAAGUGUCUGUAUUAC